AUGGCAUUAUUUCAAAAGUUUUUCAAAAGACAGACGUCAGAUGACCAACAAAAUACAAUCAGUAGUAGUAAUAAUAAUAAAAAAUGCUCUUCCUCCAACAAAACAAGGUCAUCCUCAUCAUCUGCCUCCUCCAGCGGUACAUCUGGCAAUACUGGACAUCACAAGAAGAACAACUUCUACAUCAAGACACACGAUGGUCGGUACAUAUUGAAAAAAGAGGACAUCAGGCUGGUUGUCAUCAAAGAACAUGAUAAAUAUGGAAGGUGUUUGUUAUUUGACUCUAGUAGCAGCAACAACAGCAGCCACAACAACAGCAGCAGCAGCAACAACAAUUGCUCAGACCCUAGACAUCAACAAAGUGACGUUGAUGAAAAAAAAUGUGCCGAUAAAAAGUUCUUUGGUGACCUAAUUUUUGGAAAUCAGGUCAUGUGUAGGAAGUCGCCACUGUCCACCAAAGUUCAUUCUAUAAACGCAGCUAAUGAUAGCUAAAGUAUUCAAUCCAUCUUCAUCAUCGUCACCGACAACAACCACAACAACAUCGUCAUCAUCAUUACAAUCGUCUUCAUCAUCCUCACUCACCUCAAGUAUUAGCGGGAUGUUCGAUCUAUACUGCUUUCAAGACUUACCUGACGACACAUCUGUCUCGUCAUCAAUGACGUCACUGCUGACGUCGUCCAUGAUGACGACGCCAUCAUCAUCAUCACGAACGUCAUCGUCAUCAACGACAACAACAAAAAGUUACAAGACAUCAACCUCAUUAUCGUCAAGACAUGAUCAUCAUCAUCUUCAUCAUCGUCGUGGUCAUCAUCACAAUAAGGACAACCACACAUCUUUACCGUUAGCUGUUAAUGAUGAACUCAACAAAUCAUUAGCAAACACCAAUCCAAUAGCUAUUCCUUACAAGUCAAAUUUGUCGUCAUCACCUUCAUCAGGAUGGUUUCAAGAAGUCAGAACAUGCGCCAGCUCUCUGACGUCAUCGUUAGCGUUUUCGUCGCCAUCGCAAUCAUCGCCGCCGUCGUCAAGCAAAGUUGCUGCUACCAAUAAGGGCUGCUUUAAAAAUUCUUCAUUGUAUACUGACGAAUGGUGCAAACAAAACAUUCCAUUGAAUCGUCGGCCAGCCAAGAUAGGCAUCGCACUUAUCUUCAAUCUGCCAACAGAUAACAAUGACGUAACGGAAUUUGUGACGGACUUCUUCUUCGCUAACAUCUCGGUACUCGAGUGCUAUAUACACAGAUUGAAAUCCACCAUUGAGGAUAAGCAUUUGAUAUCCGCCUUGAAAUGUUCGGGGAGAGGUGCUUUUUAUUCCAUAUUCAAUCAAGCAGUUGAGCCAACUCUGAAGAACAUAAGAAACUUUGUUCACUUCCCACGACUUCACCGUCCCCUCUGGUUGUCAUCAUUAUCAUCACUGCCUAUUUCAUCAUCGUCAUCAUCAACACCAUCGUCGUCGUCGUCAUCUUUUGCGUCUGACUUUGUUUACCUCUGUGACAAAUGCUUUACUAGGAAUACAAAAUUUUUUUUAGGUGGCUUGUUGACAGCAGUUUUAACACAUCACCUGUCAUGGGUGACUACUGUGGAUGAGACUAUAAAAGUAAAUCCAGAUAAAAACUCAAUGAAGAGCCAAUUAAGAAAUUUAUUCGGGGCCAUUGGCUUUCCAUGCUGCCUAUCCAGAACAGUUGUAAUUGGCGGGAAAGUAGUCCUAACUCAGAAGAUCCUAAAUGUUUUGAGUUAUUUCAUCCGUUGUGAGGACAUCGUAACGCACGACCGUGAACUAUGU